AUGACUACUUUUCCUGCUCUUGACACCAAUUCCUCAACCUUUUUGCUAACAGGCUUCCCUGGCUUGGAGAAGUACUAUCCCUGGCUCUCCAUCCCCUUCUCCUGUAUCGAUGCAAUGGUAGUCUCAGGGAACUGCCUGGUGCUGCAUGUGAUCCAUAUGGAGCCAAGCCUGCAUGAACCCAUGUUCUACCUCCUGGCCAUGCUGGCUGUCACUGAUCUGUGCAUGGGGCUGUGCACAGUACACACGGUGCUGGGGAUCCUGUGGGGGUUUAGCUAGGAGAUUAGCCUGGAUGUCUGCAUUGCUCAAAGUUUCUUUAUUCAUGGUCUAUCAUGCAUGGAGUCUGGAGUCCUUCUCUCGAUGGCUUUUGAUCGUUUCACAGCAAUCUCUAAUCCUCUAAGGUAUACAUCUAUACUGACCAAUGCCAGGAUCAUCAAAAUUGGUCUGGGGAUUUUAGUUAGGAGUUUUAUGCUUAUUAUGGCUCCUAUAGUCCGUCUAAAGUUGUUUCAUUACUGCCGUUCCCAUGUCCUUUCUCACUUUUUCUGCCUUCACCAAGACCUGCUGAGACUAGCCUGCUCUGACAUCCGCUUCAAUAGCUACUAUACCCUGGCUCUGGUGAUCUGUAUCCUUUUGUUAGAUUCUGUAUUAAUUAUCGUCUCCUACAUCCUGAUCCUGCAUUCUGUCUUGGCUGUUGCAUCUCAAGAGGAGAGGUUCAAGUCCUUUCAGACCUGUGUCUCCCACAUCUGUGCUGUUUUGGUUUUCUACAUCCCAAUCAUUGGUCUGACCAUGGUGCAUCGCUUUGGAAAGCACCUUUCUCCUAUAGUCCAUGUUCUCAUGGGCAACAUCUACAUCAUCUUUCCGCCUCUGAUGAACCCCAUCAUCUAUAAUGUGAAGACCCAACUGAUCCGAGGCAGGAUUCAGAGGUUGUUUUCUAUGAAGAGGAAAUAA